AUGCAAAUAGAUUCUUGUCUUAAAGACUUGUAUAAUUCACUCAACAGAUUUGAGUUACAAAAACAGCAAAAACAACAAUCCUCAUUUGAAAUAUUUGGUAGUGGUGGUGGUGCAUUUGAACAACCGCAACCACAGAGAUUCAGAACACCUCAAAACAUAUUUGAAGCUUCUAAUACCAAUCAACCAUCCACGUUUGGAACACCUACUUUUGAACAAAAUACAAUUAGAUUUCCAGAAACUCAACAAGGGUUUGGGACAUCUAUAGGUGGGAUCAGUUUCAAUCAAAAUGUAGCUAGUUUUGGUGUAUCAAUACAACAAACAAUUGAAGGAUUCAGACAAACUGCAUAG